GAACUUCCGUUCAACCCCGCGCCGCAUACAGUGGAGACCAACGCCAGUGGGUUCGAGCCACGGCGCUGACAAGGAAGGGCUUUUGGCGUGCGUGCCUGCUGGUCCUAAUCUAGAGACAAGAGAGAGAUAGAGAAACACACAAUAACCUGGAUAUUACUUUUUUUUUUUUUUUGCUUUGGCACACUUUCGCUUCUCCGUGUCAUCGGACUGCCUCGCCUGGGCGUGGAAGGUGGAAACGAAAAGGUGGAACGCGUUAGUCGGUCUUCGGGUCGGUCGUGUUGUAUAAACUAAAAGCCCCAAACUUCCACACCUCCACUCACACGGCUGCGGCUCCUUCCCAAACAACGCAGCUGCACCACGGGAUCAACCCAGACGCUGCUCCCCUCUCCGGCGGUGAUUCCUCCGUCGCCCAACUUAUGCUGCGGUUGUUGACUCCGUUUCCCAGGAUGUAAAUGUCGGGAAAUACAAGCGCGUUGACGUUGGAGGUACGAUUUUUUCAAUUUUUGCCGUUUACGUUUCGCAUUUUCAAGGGGAAUACGGAUCGACCGCAUUUGGCAGACGCCUGUGCACGCAGAGAGUGAACUCCCCACUGAUAUCACAAGGAGAGGACUGAGGCCGUUCUCGUCACCGGAGAUCCGCUCUGCGACGCCAAACAGAUAGCAGAGGGCCGGCCGUACAUGACUGCAGGGCUCCGGGGGCCACCACUAAACAGACAUGGAGCGCUGCCAACGGUGGGCACGGCGCUGCCUCUUGGUCUCCAUGGCGACGCUCUGCCUCAUCAGCCUCCCCCCGGGGUGCUCCUCCUCCUCCUCUAACCCCGCCCCGGCCCCGCCCGGCGACGCCCCGGCGGCGGAGUUCACCUCGCCCACGCUGAUCAACAACGUGGUGCGGGACCCGCGCACGGGCCACCUGUACGCGGGCGCCGUCAACGCCGUCCACCAGCUGGACGCCGCCCUGCGGCCGCAGUCGCGCGCCGACACGGGCCCGCGGCGCGACAACCGGCUCUGCACGCCGCCGGUGACGUCGGCGUGCAGCGAGGCGCGCGACACGGACAACCACAACAAGCUGCUGCUGGUGCACGCCGCCGGCGACACGCUGGUGGAGUGCGGCUCGGUCUUCCGGGGCAUCUGCUCGCUGCGCAACCUGAGCCGCGUGGAGCACCUGCUGUACUUCAGCGACACCAACGGCGAGAAGUCGUACGUGGCGAGCGCCGAGGAGGCCGUGUCGGUGGUGGGCGUCAUGUCCUUCUACAACGACAGCAGCAGCAACUUCAGCGUCUUCCUGGUGGGGAAGGGCUACGGCAGCCACGACAGCACCAAGCUCAUCUCCACGCGGAUCCUCAAGCCCCACGGCGACUGGGUGGUGUUCGACAGCAUCAUCGAGGCGUCCUCGGUGCAGGCCAGCUCCUUCGUGCUGCGCUACCUGCACGACUUCCGCUUCGUCUUCAAGGACGGCAUCUACGUCUACUUCCUGUUCUCGCGCACGCUCGGCGUGCAGGAGAACAAGAACUUCACCUUCCUGGCGCGCAUGUGCGAGAACGACCACAGCUACUACUCCUACACGGAGCUACAGCUCAACUGCAGCCGGGCCAACACCUUCAACAAAGUGCAGGCGGCGUACGUCUCCGCUCCCGGGGAGAUUCUGGCCCGGAAGAUGAACGUCUCCGCCACAGACCAGGUUCUGUUCAUCACCUUCAGCUCUGACGAGGACUCGUCCAGAUCUGCCUUGUGCAUGUACCCCCUGCCCACCAUCAACAAGUGGCUGCGAGACAUCAUCCAGGCGUGCUACAGCGAGUCGGGCCUCAUCAACAACAAGCAGGCGGUCUACUACCCAUACACCUCCAAGACCGAGGAGCUCUGCGCCAAAAACGACCAGAAAGACCGAGCGGACCGCUUCAAGUGCGGGGAGGAGUUCCUUCCGUCCCCGCUGGCGAGCACGCCGGAGUUCGCCCUGACGACCGAGCCCACCCUGGUCCGCAAGGGUCACGUGACGGCGGUGGCCGUCGCCUUGGAGAUGGAGCACGCCGUGGCGUUCCUCGGCACCGCCACCGGGGAGGUGCUGAAGGUGCACCUGUCGGCCCAGACACCAGAGGUGUACGGCCGGACAGCGGGCGAGGUCACGGGGGACAAGGUCAACAAGAACCUGCUGUUUGACCGCCACCUGCAGCACCUGUACAUCACCACCGAGACCAAGAUCACCAAGGUUGCGGUGCAGGCCUGCCACCUGAAGACGGACUGCCACUCCUGCGUCUCCAUGAGGGACCCCUACUGCGGCUGGUGUGUGCUCAAGGGCAGGUGCACCAGGAAGCUGCAGUGCGAGCGCUCGGAGGAGGCCAACACCUGGCUGUGGUCGCCCGCUCAGCGCUGCGUCCGGAUCGAGUCCUUCAACCCGGCCAGCAUCAGCUGCAAGAAGACCGACCAGGUGGAGAUCAGCGUGCCCGCGCUGCCCCGGCUCGGCGCCUUGGACGUGCUGCACUGCGUGUUCGGAGAGGUGCGGAGCCAGGCGGCGAUGGCAGGCAGCCUGGUCACGUGCUCCCUGCCCGAGCCCGGCAAGGUCCCGGCCCCGCCCCCCCGCCAGGACUACGUUUCGGUGCCGAUGCGGGUGAUGGUGAACGACACCAUCGAGGUCACGUCGGGAGAGUAUCACUUCUACGACUGCGGCGCCACCGUCAGCAAGAACCCUAACACGCCGUGCAUCUCCUGUGUGACCAGCAAGUGGGGGUGCCAGUGGGACGCCCGGAAGUUCAACUGCAGUGACCGCGACGACGCCACGAGCGGCGCUCACAUCGUCAAGCCGCAGCAGUCAAACCAGUGCCCCCAGUUCGCCUCCCCGGAGCCCACCCUGAUCCCAGUGGGCCACCGGAUCCCCAUCAGCUUCAAGGGGACCAACCUCGGCAUCUAUGAUGGUCGGCGGUUCCACAUCGGGACUGAGCUCAUGAAGCAGACGGAGGAGGAGGUGACCCUGGACCAGGGGUCAAAGUUCAGCUUCAGGGGAUACGAGUUCGCCUACAACCAGCAACAGGAGGUAAACGUAUCGUUCCACAUCAAAGACCAAGGCACGGACCAGAAGAUUGACAGCACCCUGACAGUGGUGCUCUACAACUGCUCCAUGGGCCGGGAGGACUGCAGCCUCUGUCGCCACGCCGACGAGACCUACCAGUGUGUGUGGUGUCCGGGCAGCAAGUCCUGCGUCUACCGGGAGCUCUGUCGCUCCGAGGGGCCCGCACAGUGCCCCGACCCCCGGAUCACAGAUAUCGUGCCGCGCUACGGCCCCAUGAACGGCCGCAUCGCCGUGACGAUCAAGGGAUCGAACCUGGGCAUCAAGAAGGAGGACAUCAAGAAGAUCACCGUGGCCGGCGUGGACUGUGUCCACAAGAUGGAGCGCUACUCGGUCUCCACCAGCCUGGUGUGUGAGGUCGGUCCGGCCCGGCGGGGGGGGGUGCCGGUGGGCCUGCCGGUGGACCUCAACCAGGGGGUGGUGGAGGUGGAGGUGGAGGGGGGGCGUAGGGGGCGCUCCCAGGUCAACUUCACCUAUAGGGACCCCAUCCCGACCGCGGUGAAGCCACCCCAGGGCCCAGCCGCCGGCGGGACAGUCAUCACCAUCACCGGGACCUUCCUAGACACGGCGACCAAGGAGGACGUCUCCGUCACCGUGGGCGAAGCCCCCUGCAAAGUGCGCUCGUUCGGCCCCCAGAUCGAGUGUACUACCGGGAAGUACGGGGGCCCGAAGCUCCCCUCGGGGCUCCUGACUGUGACGGUCCGCUACGGCAAGAACACGACCAAGGAGGUCCGAGACGCCUUCACGUACCUGGAGAACCCCAAGGUCUCGGACUACUACCCCAAGGCCAGCUUCGUCUGCGGUGGGCGUGUCAUCACGGUGGUGGGCGGCGGGUUCGCUCAGAUCCAAAACGCCACCAUGACGGUCCAGCCCUCCGCGGACGUCACCUCCCCGGAGGCCGCCGCCGCCGUAGAGUUUGUGGCGGAGGCGUUCGCGCAGAACGACACCAUGCUGCAGUUCCGGUCGCCAGCCGCCACCUGCUGCCAGGAGGGGGGCGCGGCCUCGUUCCGCACGGCGCUGCGAUUGGACAACGCCGGGGAGGAGCUCGGCGACUUCCUGUACCACCCCGACCCCACCUUCAGCCCGCUGGCCAAGACGGUCAUCACGGAGACCGGCUUCAUCAUCGUGUCGGGGCGGGGCUUCGCCAAAGCCAUGACGGCCAGAGAGGCCCGGGCGUUUGUGGGCGACACCUCCUGUAACAUCACCAUACUGCAGGACGACAAGCUGUUCCUGGACGUCCCGUCGACCCAGCCCCGGUCCAGGUCCACGAGGCACCGCCGCGACACCUCCAGCGACCUGCUGGACCUCGUGGUGCAGUUCGGUCACCGGAGGUGGGUGGUGGGGGCAGUGUCGUACGCCCGUAAGGACGAGGUCCCACUGGCCAUCAUCAUCCCCGCCGUGCUCAUCCCCAUGCUCGUCUUCAUCGGCGUGUCCGUGUACUGCUACAGGAGGAAGAGCCAGCAGGCGGAGCGGGAGUACGAGAAGGUCAAGCACCAGCUGGAGAACCUUGAGGAGAGUGUGAGGGACCGCUGCAAGAAGGAGUUCACUGACCUGAUGAUCGAGAUGGAGGACCACACCAACGACGUGAGCGAGGCGCGGAUACCCUUCCUGGACUACAAGAUGUACACGGACCGCAACUUCUUCCUCACCUCGCAGGACGACGUCAUGAUCACGGGCAAGCUGCAGAUCCCCGAGGCCCGCAGGGCCACCGUCACACAGGCCCUCAACCAGUUCUCCAACCUGCUCAACAGCAAGACCUUCCUCAUCAACUUCAUCAAGACGCUGGAGAGCAAGCCGGACUUCAACGCGCGGGCGCGGAGCUACUUCGCCUCCCUGCUGACGGUGGCGCUGCACGGCAAGCUGGAGUACUACACGGACAUCAUGAGGACGCUGCUGCUGGAGCUCAUGGACGAGCACGUGCACAGCAAGAACCCCAAGCUCAUGCUGCGCAGGUCCGAGACGGUGGUGGAGCGGAUGCUGUGUAACUGGAUGUCCAUCUGUCUCUACCAGUUCCUCCGGGACACUGCCGGGGAGCCCCUGUACAAGCUGUUCAAGGCCCUGAAGCACCAGGUGGAGAAGGGCCCGGUGGACGCCAACGUGAAGAAGGCCAAGUACACCCUCAACGACACGGGGCUGCUGGGGGACGACGUGGAGUACCUCCUGCUGACCCUGCAGGUGCUGGUGCACGGGGAGGGGCCUGACGUGACCCCCGUGAAGGUGUUGAACUGUGACACCAUCACCCAGGUGAAGGAGAAGAUCAUCGACCAAGUGUACAGGAACCAGCCCUACUCACAGCGACCCAAAUCGGACAGCGUAGCACUGGAGUGGCGUCCGGGCUCCACCGGGCAGAUCCUGUCCGAUCUGGACCUGACGUCCCAGAAGGAGGGCCGCUGGAAGAGGCUCAACACGCUGGCCCACUACAACGUGAGGGACAACGCCACACUGGUGCUGUCCCGUGUCCUGCACACGCAGUCCUUCCACCAGAACCAGGACAGCUACGAAGAGAAGAACGCCCUGCUGGAGGAGGACAACACGUUCCACCUGGUGCGGCCGGCGGACGAGAUGGACGAGGGCCGGUCCAAGAGGGGCAGCAUGAAGCACAAGGCCACCAACAAGGCCAUCACGGAGAUAUACCUCACCAGGCUGCUCUCCGUCAAGGGCACGCUGCAGGUGUUCGUGGACGACUUCUUCAGCAGCGUGCUGAGCGCCGACCUCGCCGUGCCGCCCGCCGUCAAGUACUUCUUCGACUUCCUGGACGAGCAGGCGCAUCGCCAUGACAACGUGGACGAGGAGACGCUGCACAUCUGGAAGACCCACAGCCUGCCCCUGAGGUUCUGGGUGAACAUCCUGAAGAACCCAGAGUUCAUCUUCGACGUGCACGUGACGGAGGUGGUGGACGCCUCGCUGCACGUCAUCGGACAGACCUUCAUGGACGCCUGCACCAAGACGGAGCACAAGCUGAGCCGGGACUCCCCCAGCAACAAGCUGCUUUACGCCAAGGAGAUUUCGACGUAUAAGAAGAUGGUGGACGACUACUACAAGGGCAUCCGACAGAUGGUUCCUGUCAGCGACCAGGACAUGAACACCCACCUCGCCGAAGUGUCAAGGCAACACACCGACAAGCUGAACACCCAGGUGGCCCUCCACCAGCUGUACCAGUACGCCAGCAAGUACUACGAUGGGAUCAUCCAGUCGCUGGACGAGGACCCGGCGGCUCAGAGCAAACAGCUGACCCUGCGGCUACAGCAGAUCGCCGCCGCACUCGAGAAUAAGGUCACUGACCUUUAACCCCUCUGUGAACCCCCUCCCCCCCCCAUCCCCAACCCCGGACAGGAAGUAGGUCGCAAGAAGGAGGAAGGAGGGUGACAAAGAAAUGAGUUGGAUAUUCACGGUCAUAGAGACGGACUAGUGAGCCUCCGCGUGCAUCGAAUGUAAAGAAACGAAAAACAAGAAAAAAAGACUAAAGUGGGUGGAGCCUGUGGAUGUCUCCACAGGAAAGGCCUUUUGACCAUAUAAGGGCUCUUGGUUGACGGGGAGCCAAUGGAACCUCACGAGAUCCCCUGAUUGGCCCCCGAAUGUUUUGGGGUUUGAGACCAACAAGAAAGAGAGAGAGAGUCAUCAUGGGCGAUCUUUGAGUCCGGCCAUUUUGGAUCUGUCCGAGUGGGUCGUUUGAACUCUUUUAUUUUGGUAUAUUUUGAAUCUCAAGAGCCCAAACAAGUCGCAAUCUGGCACGACAUCAUCGCCAUGACUCCCCCAUCAUCCGGGGGGGGGGGGGGGGGGGGUCAUCAAUGCUACGAAUAUGAAGCUGAGAACUUAACAUCGGACCCCUUUUCCCAAAAUGACGGAACUAAACGCAAGGACCUAUAGAUCACGCCCGCUCCGACGGCCUCCUCCUCCUCCCCCCCACCCCCCCCCCCAACCCCCCCCCCCCCCCCACCCCGGCUGGACAGAACUGUUGUGUGGCCGCGAGCCACCAUCACAAGGCCGUGUGCGUUUCUUCCUCUUCGUUUGAAGUCGUUUCUUUAAUUGUGGUCUCGGAAGGCACUAUGACUUGACUCCUUCCCAAGUCUUUGAUUGGAUGGCGUUCAGUGGGUCGACCCGUCAACCAAUCAGAACGGUAUGGUACGCGGCACCGACCAAUCGUAAGCCGAGGACACGUGUGUGAUGCGGUACAACGUAUACAAAUAAUUAUUUUAUCGAUUUGAAUAUUUUUUUUUUUACUUUGAUUCAGUUUUCAUAUCCGACGCUAGAUAAUCAGCAGGAUAAACAUUCUGUGUGUUCAGAAUUAAAAUUGUAACGUUCUCUUCUGUAUUUCUUUUUGUUUUUUUCUCGUGCAGGGGUGAAUAGCGUUGGUUUGCUUGUAGCACACGUACAUGUGGGACAGCCUGGUUUCUAAUAUACUGAGGUGGCGGCGCACUAGGAAUGCUUUCUACGUAAAUGUGGUGACUGUUUGGAUAAAGCAGGGUGGUCCAUGAUGUCAUAGUAUGAUGUCACAUCGUGUCUGGGUGUGUGUGUGUGUGUGUGUGCGUGUGUGUGUGUUGCUUCCUGUGUUAAUCAUGAUGUAAUGCAUUAGGAAUAUGGGCAAGGAUUUUAUGGGCGAGAUCUUUUGAUACUUUCUAGGUGAAAAUCAUGGCUGCCUUAUCCUGUGGUUGAAACUAAAUAUCCAAACUUUAAACUAUUUAGUUUUUUUUCCAUAGUGGUCUACAUUCAAAAAGAAAAUUAUUUAGCAAUGGUCUAUUUUCUCAAAGCUUGGAGUGUUUUUUUCUUUCAUUUAUGUCUUGUUUCUUUGUUGCCAUAGAAACUAGUGUGAGAACAGCUAGAAUGUUCUCUUUCCUUGGAGAUGUGAGCUCUUCUUGGCCGGCCGCCGCAACCACUACUAUAACAAGUGUCAAAGUGUCCCAGUUAUACCAUCCAAUUCACUGAGGACCGUGUGAAAAAAAUCACAUAUUGAGUCAAAAUGCCUUAUUUCGACUCCUGAGGCAUCUUUUGACAGUCCGUUGUUUCCGAGAAACUCUUGUGUACAAGAGACGGUCAAGAGGGGAUAUUUUGUUUAAUAUAUCUUCCUAUCUCUGUGGUACUAAAUGUAAAACUCAUUUGAAAUGUGACCUUAAUCUCCCCCCCUUUUAAUAAUUUAAACAUCGGACUGACAAUGACAAAAGUUUUUAGUUUUUUAACUGUCAGUUAAGGAUUGUUUUUUUGUGUGCCAUUAUUGAACUCGACUCGCCGAGUCUAUUUCACGGUUUUCAUGGUGGGAAUGUUGAACGAAAGAACGUUGACUGGAUGAUAUAACAAAAUGUGAAGCUUUGUAUUCAUAAAAUAGACGUUAUCCCCCAGUUAGAAUGGGAAGGCAGGAGGGGGAGUGUUUGCGCUAAUGUUAGCGUUAGCCUCGGGGUAAGCUAAGUGCCAUUACAAUGCUAAAGUGAAAAGCGCUGUUCUGUCAUCUUACGUGCUUCUUAAACACAUUCCAGUCAUCCUGUUUCAUCCACAUGUUGACUCGUCAUUGUGCCUCUCGAUGGUGUAUGCUUAAGUGCUUUACAGCAGUUGAUAACAAAAAGAAAAUGCUAAAUAUGCUAUGUUUUUUGUAGCCCCCGGCGGAGAUUUAGCGGGUGUUUUUUUUUGUAUGAUAUUGUUUGUAGCUUCCCACUGUUGAUUUGCAUAAUUUCACAGAGAAAAAAACCUCAGUCAACAUUGUAUUUUUAUUUUCAUGCUCGUCGUCGAAGUCUAUAGACGAUCACGGACACGUGAUUGAACCGUGGGAACGCUCUGUGCUUUUUAGACUUUCUUUCGUUCGCUCGCGCCCGGUGUGAAAAUGUCGCUAAUGUCGGCCUAUAUAGCGGUUCUAUUUUAUUUACAAAAUUUUAAAUAGAUUUAUCUGCGAACCCCUCUCUAUCUCUUGAGUUCACUGCAACGUCUCUCCGAUGUCAUCCUUAAAUUUGUCCUUUUUCUCUGUAGCAAUAUAAAGCCCGAAGCUGGUACUGUAUCCUUUUUGCACUCUGUCUGAAAGUCUUUUUAAAAUGCAAGUGUUGGACAUACACACCCACUACGAGGGUACGGCCAGACCCAGUCCCUUUUUGUCCUGUGGACUCAAAAAAAUAAAGUCAAAGAAAUCAUCAACACAAAUGAA